CUACACUCCUCGUCAUCAACAUGAGAAGAUAUAAAGAUGCCCAGCCUCGCUGUCAACAAUACUCAAUCAUCAUCAAGACCUGGCUGUCUUCUCUGAUCACCACCUCAAUUCACCUCCACGCAUUCAAUUUGUCUGAUUUAAUAAUCUACUCUCCUCUAAAUUAUAUUUCUGAAAGGUCAUUCCAAAGCAAGAUCCUCUACUUAUCAUGCAUUUCUCCACCUCAACACUCCUCCUUAUCCUCGGCAGCAGCCUGGCGCUUGCUGCUCCUUUGCCGGGCGCAGACUUGACCGACCUUUCUCUUAGAGAAGCUUUGGCAGCUCCUCCACCAGGACCACCUCCACUAAGCCUACCUCCCCCACCCCAGAACGGUGGCAACCAGCCCCCUCCUCCCCACGUUCGAGACAUCGAAAUCGACGAACGUGCUCCUCCUCCAGGGCCCCCUCCUCCACCUAAAAAUGGAGGCAUCCGUCCGCCUCCACCACAUGUCCGUGAUGUUGACGAGAAGCUAGGGGAGAGGGCUCCUCCGAGAGGUCCGCCUCCUCACAACAAUGGAGGCAACCGUCCCCCACCACCACAUGUCCGCGAUGUUGAUGAGAAUCUGGCGGAGAGGGCUCCCCCGAGAGGUCCGCCUCCUCCUCACAACAACGGAGGCAAUCGCCCCCCACCACCACAUGUUUAGAUUGCAAUCGUGAUAGGUCUCAACUGCUGAGAUCUGAGCUGCAGUUGGAAUUGGAAUUGGAGUUGCGGCUGUUGGGGGAUGUUGGGACUGGGGCUGUUUGGAAGGCUUGGUUGGUUGGCUGGUGGGGGGUUUUGGCUUGGGAAAGGAGACAGUUAGUCUGUAGCUGAAUGGAGUGGGAUCCAGGAUCCCUUUUUUUUUUAACCCUUUGUUCCAAGUUUUCGAUGAGGAGCUCUUACUGAGGCCAUUAGCG